AUCUCCAUCUAACCGCCUACUUCCGGUUGCUGGCAGUGUCCUCCUCCGUGCGAUUUACUGGACAUAUCCUUUGCCUUUCGCCGCAAAAAUUCUUGCUUACAUGUUCUGCUGUGUCAACGUCUAAGAUUCUAGAGACUCAGCUUGCAAAACGCAUCUUUCCUUGCUUUCCUCCCCACGGAUACGUCGAUCGAUUAUUUAUCUAUACGGUACCAAUACCAUUGAGACCUAGUGAUCAUCUUCGCAAGCCCAGGUUCUCACCACUCAAAGGUCUUUUCCAAACUCAUUCAAGCUCAUCUAAGCUCAUCAUAGCUUGACCAGGCUUGAUAAAACCUUAGCCCAACCCGGUUGUAACCUAAUCCCAGUUAACACAACCCCAGCAUUAGUUCAUUCUCCAUGCAUUCAUUACUCUCCCCUGGUUCCAACAUCCAGCGCCCGCACUCGUCGCUAGCGAACGCGCAGUCGUUCUUGUCGCCGUCCGCGACGCCGCUCCCGGCGCCGAUGUCGCACAUGUCGGAUAUGAACGCCAUCCAGGCGAACCUCGCGUCCAUGGAGCUUGACCCGUACCCAGUUCCUGGCGAAUUGGACGAGUUCCGCCAAGACGCCUAUCCCAUCAACGUUUGUGCGCCGACGCCGACGAGCCACACGCCUACGUUGGGCGCCGCGCGUUUCACCGGCUUUGCAGAGGCGCCACUGAUGGAUCGUAUCUUGUCGCCCGCGUUGAUGCAUAACCCAAUCUACGGGGAGAUGCCCAGACUGGCGUCUGCCCAGGACAAUUACUCGUUUCAGGCAUCCAUCAAGUUCAACCAGGACCUCACCAACGUCCAACAGUGGGUUGAACGUUUGAGUUUGAACGAGCAAUACAUCUAUGUGGACAACUUCUUGAGCGUGGUAAGUGAGGAGGUGUUGGUGUACGCGCGCAACCAGAUCUCCAACAAGUUGGCGGCGCAACCGCUGCCGCAGGGCUAUGCCUUUGAGCCGGAGGCGAACAUCGACUCUGUCUUGAGCAGUAACUGGCUCAACCGUGCCGUGUCACCCGACCCCGUCGCCAGGCCACGCUCCGCGGACAUGUUUCAUCAGAGCCCACAGCUCCUUAGCGAGAUGUCCAACUUCCUCACGUCGCGCGCCAUGGAGCUAACCAGCCCGUCGCACGGCAAAGCUGCCGGCUCCAACGACAUGCACUUGAACGCGCAGCAGCUCAAGAUGUCCGCGCUCCAGACCGUUAGCUCGCGCGCGCAGAUGGACUCGUCCAAGAAGGACGAGCUCGUGGGCGCUGCCACGGGCAACGGCUACGGCCGCGGCCGCCAGUCACACUUAAACCCGCGUGCUGUGAAUGCGUCCUCCUCUGUCCCGGCAUCCGCGCGUGGCACGUACUUUGAGAGCGGCUAUGUCUCGCCGCCGCCGACGCAGCGCACCAACCGCUCGCGCAACCGCUCGAGCGGCGCGGCGCCCCAGGCCGGCAGCAACCUCUCCUUUAGCGCCAUGCCUGACGCACACGAGCCGGAGCUGGAGGCUAAGCCGACCAUGCCGCUCGAGAUUUCGCAGUUGAAGUUUCUCGCCGACAUUCCCGUGUGGCUCCGCUCGCUCCGCUUGCAUAAAUACGCAGACAACUUGAAGGACAUUCCGUGGGCCACGUUGAUUUACUUGGACGAUGCCGCGUUGGAGGCCCGCGGUGUCGGCGCGUUGGGUGCGCGCCGCAAGUUAUUGAAGGCGUUCGAGUUCGUCAAGGAGACCCGCGGGUUGAGUGACGAUCCAGCCGAGGUGCACAUCGGUCCGGUUGAUGUCGACAGCAUGUAGACAAACCACGGAAGGAGGAUGGUGAUUGCUAGACGCCAUUGGAUGUCAGAUGGCUUGAUCGCUGAUUUCACACUCCCGAUGCUUUCGCACUCCCGAUGCUUUCGCACUCCCGAUGCUUUCGUAUUUUUGAUAGAAAUCUCUGGUGCCACCCAGAUUUCUCCUUCGUUUCAUCCGAUUGGCCAUCUCAUUUUCCCCACCGGUUCUCCAUCAUAGAAAUGUCUGGUACAUUUACGCUCUAAAUCCUUUUCUAUUCCAU